UGAAUUCGGACCUCAAAGAUGCCGCCGUUCGUCACCGUGAUGGCCUUUUCGCUGCGAAUCUUGACGGUGAAUGGUGAAGAUUCGCCGUCAUUUCGUGGGCUGUCGUGGCGAGGUUGACUACAGCAGCAAGGGGCUCAACUGGUCCGAGGGUGAAUGUGGAAGCGACCUGGUGAAAACACACACCCGAAGGUCGGAUGGAUGAAUGGAUGGAUGGAACGAUGGGUGGAUUUUCAUGUUUGUGUUGAGGGGGCGGGGCGUCACGUGGGCGUACGGCACCGCUGCCGGCGAUGAGGGAGGGGUCACAGUGGCGCGAGCGUGUGUUCCACGGCAAGGGCAUCGAGUGCUACGGAGAAGACGGUGGCAUUUGGUCAACGAGGAAGAGUACGAGGGCCAGUGGAGCAAGGGAAGGCGCAACGGAGUCGGCAUCGCCUAUUUUCCUGACGGCAACCCUCACUUCAAGUGCCAGCGGAAGGACGACGAGAUCGGCGAGAGAGAGGAGGUCAUCGAACACUCCCACAACGUGAGCGAGACACGGAUUCCCGGAUGCCGCUCCUUUCAAUGUCAAUGUCCUGUUCUCAAUGCAGGGCAACGUCAAAUACAAAAGAGGCUUUCUUGAUGGGCUGAGACACGGACACGGCACCGAAUACGGUCUCUCGCUCUGACUCAAGAAGACGUGGGAGGAACGCAUGUGUGUCCCACAGUGUGUGUCUCUCUCCAGAUGAUUACUACGGUCCUCGUCCAGAGCUGGGCGGCCGUGGCUUCGCCCACCACAAGGCGUAUGAAGGGCAUGGUCCAAGGGCGAGAAAGAGGGCCAGGGCACAAUGUUCUACGAGGACGGAUGCGAGAUCCCACCAUCCUGCCGCCGCCAACACACAUGAGUCCAUCUCUCUCUUCUGUGCCCGCAAAUGCCAAGGAGAGUGGGCGAACGGCCUGCCAUGGCUACGGCAUCGAGUACGACCACGAGACGGGCGGCAGAAAAUUCGAGGGCGAGUGGUGUUAUGAGUGGUGUUAUGAGAGCCAUGAGAGCCCUAUCUGAGUAGAUGCAGGUGACAACAGAGCAGUCGUCUGCCGGUCGCAUGCUCAGGUGUCGUCUUCAGCUUCUGUCCCUUGUGCGAUCUCAGUCUCACACGUGGGGGGACACAGCAGGCAGAGAGAGAGCCUCGGUUGUCGCUAGUCCAUGGAACCGAUACACAGACAGACAUGCAGUCGCAGCAUGCAUUUGUCAAGCCACCUACAUAUCUUUCUCGUGUGUGUGGCGGUGGAUGAAGCCGGCGUUUUGGAGUCGUCACAUCAUGCAGCAGGUAGACUACACAUCAUGUGGUUCAUGCAGAUUGUCCGAAAAGGACGAGCCAAUGAGUCAAGGCAUCGAGGCUGGCAAAGGGCCGAGACGAGCACUGACUAGCUAGGUGAUAUCACAUCGUACCAAAGCUGCGAGGGAGGGACGGGCUGUUAGAAGGAGGGGACGAGACAGACAAUGAGGGC